AUGGCGGGUAUAGAGCAUAUCGAGGUGCACUCCAAGGUAUGAUUGAGGACGGAGGGAUUUGCCAACGAGCUUCAGACUUCCCCAAGAGCCGAAGUGGGUCACGCUCAAGGAAUUGCCGCUGAUAUGCGCAUAUCUACAGAGCUACCUCGUACGCUGGAUCCAAGUCCCUGAACAUCAUUCGAUCUCCUGGUCCCUACAACCCAACAAGAAGAGCAUCAAUUUUGGCGUAUUCAAGCACCCCGGUACAAAGAAUGGCGUCUCUCCCAAUUUACCCACGCAAGAGACGGUCGAGAGUGCAGCGCAGAUUCCCGGGACACCAGCGACGGACGGAGAUGCGAGGCCCCCGAAACCAAACAGACGCGCCUCAGUGACGGAGAGCAAUGUCGUGGAGAAGCUGCAGAGCAUUGGCAUGAAGUCGGUAGCAUGGCAGGGAAGAUGCGACGCAGACAAAGUCACCAUGGGACGUUAUGAUGUGCCAGACGGAGAGAGCGGGACAUACGGACUGGUAUUCGACAAUACCUUCUCCAAGCAGACGUCGAAGAACGUGACGUUUGUGUUAAUGACACAUCUGAGAAAUGCGGCGCCGAAAUCUGGACAUCAUCUACACUACACGUCGGCGAAUUCUGGGAGUACUGGUGGGGCUAUUGGAAAAGGGUACAGUCCCUCUUUGCGGCCUGUCACGGAUUCUGACGAGUCGCUCCCGCAAAAUUUGCAUCGCGGAGUGCUGGAAGACCCGCGCCCAGCCUCGAAAGGUGGUCAUGGAGCGGAGAGCAAAGGUAUUGAGGGCGCAAGCUUUUACACCGGGAUCCUCUAUAAGAGGAAGAGAAAGAAGGGCCAGGGUUUCGCCAAGCGGUUCUUCUCCCUGGACUUCACCUCUUCCACGCUCUCCUACUACCGAAAUAGACACUCAUCCGCGCUACGAGGUGCAAUUCCGCUGUCGUUGGCAGCUGUGGGUGUCAAUGAGAAGAGCCGAGAGUUCUCAGUUGACUCUGGUGCGGAGGUCUGGCAUCUGAAGGCAGUAAACAAGAAAGAUUUUGAGGGUUGGCGGAACGCGCUUGAGCGAGCGUCGGCCCAGGCGACCAACACAUCCGGCUCGGUGACACCCUCGCGCAGUCUUGACGACUUUCCAGCACCGAAGCCAACCAAUCCUCGUGAGGAGCGCGAGUGGGAGAGGGUCGAGCAGUUGGUCAGCAAGGUUGCAGGAACGAGAGACGCUGUCCGUGGCUUAGCGAAAGACACAGACCCGAGAUACAGCCACGGUAGCAAUGGUGCCGGUCUGGGUCUGAUACAAUCUCGUGGCAGCAGCGGUGAUCCUAGUCCAACGUCGUAUGAUUCUGCGAGCUCGUACUUCCCUGAAGCCGACGAGCGCGGUUCGGUACAGAGCAAGAGGCCAUUCUGGAAGCGCACGGCGAGUGCCGAGAGGAGUCCUUCCGCCUUGUUCAGACGAAGCGUGUCCGCGCAAUUGGCCGUGCCAUCGCCUGCGAUGGCUGGUGGCCCAACGUCUUCAGGAAGUGGGUCGCUCAGCAUUUCCAAGCGGCCGAGCUUUUCAGCGCCAACGACACACCCGUCACAAGCAGACAGUGAUGUCCAUGAGAGAUGUAUGGCUCUACUUCGCGACCUGGACAGCGUGGUCGCCAACUUCUCAGCCUUGAUUGCUGAGAGCAAAGCACGGCGCAAUCCGCCCCUGCCAACAACGAGCUCUCGGCUUUCGCUCGACUCGGUGGAUGAUCAAGAAUUCUUCGAUGCUGAGGUUGGCGAAGACGGUCCCUCGCAGCUGCUCAAUAUCCGCCGCUCAAGCGAGCUGAACGACGGGCGCCAGGAAGAGCGCCUCCUGGACGAUGAGUCCGAUUCAGAUUCCGACAGCGAAGCUGGUGACGGUAGAGAAGGAACAACGAUCUUCUCGCCUUCUCGCAAAACUUCGCAAUCUCCGCUCUUCCCAACGAAGCCAGAAUCGCUGGCACCUCUGCCUCUUCCUCCUGCGAAGCGGCGCACGACUGUCACGCCCCCGAAACAGUCGCCGCCAAGCUUCAUUGGCUUCCUGCGCAAGAACGCUGGAAAGGAUCUAUCAACGAUCUCCAUGCCGGUCACAGCGAACGAGCCAACAUCGCUGCUUCAACGCUUGGCUGAGACGCUGGAAUAUUCCCAACUCUUAGAUGCAGCGGCGGGCGCUAGCUUGCCUGCUGAACGCCUAAUGUACAUUGCGGCUUUCGCUGUGUCGUACUAUUCCAACAACCGUGUAAAAGAACGAGCCAUCCGCAAACCGUUCAAUCCUAUGCUUGGCGAAACAUUUGAAUUAGUGCGGGAAGAUCUUGGCUUCCGCUUUGUUGCCGAGAAGGUGUCCCAUCAUCCUGUGCGCCUGGCUUGCCAAGCCGAGAGUCUCAACAAUGGCGGCUGGUGCUAUGCGCAGUCUCCUUCACCAGUCCAGAAAUUCUGGGGCAAGUCUGUGGAGCUAAAUAACGACGGGAGAGCGAGAGUGGUGCUGCAUGCAGCAGGCGAGCAUUACUCCUGGAGUCAGGCGACUUGCUUCCUGCGCAACGUCAUCGCGGGCGAGAAGUACGUCGAACCUGUGCAGACCAUGACUGUACAGAAUGAGACAAACGGCAUGCGUGCUGUAGCUACCUUCAAGUCUGGUGGCAUGUUCUCUGGUCGCAGCGAGGAUGUCUCAGUGCAACUUUUGGACAAAGACUCUCCCUUGACCAUUGGACUUACAGGCAAAUGGACCGAGAGCCUGAAGCGUACCGAUACAGGAGGUAUAGUUUGGGCUGCCGGAUCACUUGUUCUAGAUGCGCCAAAGGUUUACGGUUUUACAACAUUCGCGGCGGCCCUCAAUCAGAUCACAGAAGUCGAGCAGGGUCAUUUGCCACCUACUGACUCGCGACUACGUCCUGAUCAGCAGGCCCUCGAGGACGGCGAUGUCGACAAAGCCGAAGCGCUCAAGGCUCGACUGGAAGAACGGCAGCGUGCUCGGCGCAAGGUCAUGGAAAGUCACGGGCAAACCUGGAAACCACAGUUUUUUGAGAAGGUCGCCGCAGGGGCUGUCGAAUCCAACACCGAUCCAGACGAGGAAGUUUGGAUCCUCAAGCAGGGCGCUGAAUACUGGAAGAAGCGUGCUACCGCUGACUGGAGUGGCGUACAAGAGGUUUUCGAGAUCUGA